GGAAGCGGAAAGAGCGGACCGAGCAGAGGUCUUCCCUUCUUUAAUAGGUCCAUGGGUCUUCCACCUGCAGGGCAGCUGCUGGACGGGGAUGGCGGAAAGCGGGGCUCACCUGACGGUCGGUGGCGGCGACACGGAGCGGCCGUCCAUCUUCCAGCUGCUCGCGCAGGAGUCCCUCAUGGAGGCGGUGCGGCCCGCGCUACAACACGCUGCUAAGGUGCUGGCCGAGGCCCACCCCUCUGCCCUGGGCUUCCUGUGGAGGAGCUACGAGGAGCUGUACCUCCUCCUGGACCUGCUGCUCCAGAGCCACCUGCUCUCCUCCCGCAGCGCCUCCUUCUCGGAGAACUUCUACGGUCUGAAGCGCGUCCCCCGGGCGGGCGGGGGGGCCCUCGGCCGGGGGGCGCGGGGCCGCUCCCUGCUCCUGCUGUGCCUCCUCCCGUACCUCCUCCGCCGGCUGCGCCGCGCCGUGAGCCGGCGCCGCGACCAGGACGACUUCUCCAUCCCGCCGGCGCCCCGCCUGCACCGCCUGCACCGCCUGCUGGCGUGCGGCGGCGCCGCCUGGGCCGUGCUGCGGCUGGCCCAGACGCUGCUCUACGUGGCGGGCCGCGCCCGGACGCACUCCCCCCUGCUGUGGCUGGCGGGGGUGCGGCUCACGCCCCUCACGGCCCGGGACCUCAGCCUCAUGAGGAAGGAACACCCCAAGGACCCGACGGGGAGCAGCAGGUUGGUCCAGGCGGUGGUGGGCGUGGCUGGGGGCGUGGCCGGGGGCGUGGCCACCGCCCUCUCCUUGGGAACCUUCUUCCUGCAGUUCCUGGAGUGGUGGUACUCCUCGGACCACCAGGACAGCAUCAAGAGCCUGACCUCCCUCCCUGCUCCUCCCCCCCCCCUGCACCUGCUGCAGCCCCGCCCCUCCCCCUCCUCCUCCUGCUGCCCGCUGUGUGGCCGGCUCCUCUCCAACCACACCGUCCUCUCCACCUCCGGCUACGUCUUCUGCUACCGCUGCAUCUACGCCUUCGUCAAGGGCAGCCAGCGCUGCCCUCUCAGCGGCUACCCCACCCAGCUGCAGCACCUGGUCAAGAUCUACGCCUCCUAGACCCCCCUAGGCCCCCACCCAGCUGCAGCACCUGGUCAAGAUCUACUCCUCCUAGGCCCCCACCCAGCUGCAGCACCUGGUCAACAUCUACCCCCCCUAGGCCCCCACAAUAGGAAUAUAUUUUUUUCUGUUUGUAUUAAAAAUGAAUCAAGAGGAGAGAAGUUGAGCACUGGUUGGUUUAUUGUUUGAUUGACAGGCCGCUGGGGGCGGAACAGAAGUCACAUGACUGACAGUGUGUUUGACACAAAUCUGUACUUAU